AGUGUGGAGUGAACAUUGUUGUGUCACUUUACUCUACCGUGAAAAAUUCUGCUUUUGGACAUUAUCAAAACAAACUUUCAAUAUUUUGGAUUUUCUUGAUUUUUUGUGGAAAAAAGUUACAAUUAACAGUGAAAAUGAGUAGCCAAGAACGUCAAAUUCUUCGGAAAACGGAUUUUCCUGAAAUGGCUCGAGAUGCGCUACCCAUAAUAGAAAACCUCAUCAUUCAUCGCAACAAACACGACCUCGCAAUGGAUCUGAUUGGGGAAUUCGUGUUCCGGGAGCGCCGAGAUGAUCAGCGUGGGGGCGGCCAGCAGUAUCAGAAGCAACCGGUCACUCCGCGGCUGUCGUCCAUUGAUGAGUUCCAGCUGGUAUUGGUGCUGUGUGAUUUCUUCUCCCGGCCUGGACCGGAUGCCACUCGGAAUGCGGUGUUCUUUUCGCUCUUUGGCGGUUCCAUAGGACGAAGCAGCGUUCUGAACAAACUGAUCAGUACAGCUGUGUCCGGAUCGAUUGCUCCGUUAUUGUGUGCCGCUGGAACAUGGAUGCAACAGUUGGGCUGCACAUCGCCGCCCAGUCUUGAGCUAGCUCAAUGCAUCGUUAAGGACUUUGUGAUAUUCUCUAACAAAUCCUCGGAACAGCUGAAAUCCCUGCCGAUGGUGGCCCCCCGUUUCGCAGCCAAUUUUAUGACGGCGGUCACAGAUUUGUACCUUAAUGGAGGUAAAGGCCAACUGGUCGCACCUCCUGAUCUUCUUCUGGACGUCAUAACUGAAUGGGUUUCUGAAAAUCCGGCCCUGUGCCUUGCUUCCCAACAGCCGAUGGCCCUUCCAACAGGAGCGAUCGCUAUGCCUGUUGUAACUCCACUGGCCGGACUGAUCCGAUGGUGUGUCCUGUCGAUGAUAAUUACCCAAAAGCAAGAUCUAUACAGCAAACUACAUCUAGCCGUGUUACAAAGCUUGCUGGAAGCGACGCCCCCUGUUACUGCCCCUCCGAGUGCUCUGAAUGCCCAGCACCUGGGGCUAAUCAUCAGCUCGCUGCAAACCGAAAUGGAAUCUCUACUCAAAAUGGGCAAAUCGUUAAACGAAGAGUACAUUCACAGCUGCCUGGAACGAUUUGCCCAGGCCGUGCAGGUCGGAUUAACGUCGCGGUGCAUAUUCGGAAACAUUCCUCAGCUGGUGUGUCGCUUGGAGACACUCCCGAGCAAGAACAAACUGUUGCAGAUCGUGAUCAACGCCAACAAGACUGUGUGA